CCUUGCAAUAUAAAAUGUGUCUCACUAUGAGCUAGAGAGCGCGUCGUGGUAAGUUCUUCAGAUGCAGCUACGAAUUUUCUUUUCUUUCCGUGUUCCGCUCCUGAGCUCCCGGGGUAUUAAAUUAAAUCGCCAAAAGUUGUACGAGCGUAAACGUGGUCCUAUUCCAGUGGGUGACUCAACUUUUAUCACUGCUUAGAGCGAAAUCGGAAUAUCUCAAAGAUAAUUUUGACACUGGUUCUAUAAGAAGAAGAAUAAAUCUCUCGCCAUCCCCAAAUGCAGCUCUUGCAACGCCGGCUGGCCCAGGCUGCGUCAGACCCCUGGAAUCUGGUGGUGACAUUGUAAUUGCUUUCCUCGGUCUCAUGGAGCUGCCACAGCUGUCAGAGGAGAGUUACUAAUGAGAACCCCGGGAGAGGCACGCAGCGCCGUACUCCAGGAACACCCCAGCGGGAUGGAGGUCUGCAAAUUCAUCCUUCUCCUUGCCCUGUGUUUUAUUCUCCCCUCUGCGUCUCCUCCACCCCUGAAUAAGAAGCCGGGGUGCCUCAAGGUGAGCCACUGCAAGUGUCUCCUGAAGGACGGCUCGGGCGUCAUUAACCUGGCGGCGCUGGGCGGCUCGGCCGGGCUCCCGCAGCGCUACAGAGCCGAGCCGGCGGGGGCGGACGAGGUGCUGGUGUCGUUCAGCCCCUGCUCGCCCUUCUCCGAGCCCGCUGAGGUUCCCGGCACCCAGUGCCUGGAGGUGGCCGCCUGCGUGGUCGUGAGACACCACACAAGCAGCGGCGGCGUCGAGAGUCGCUACUUCAACUACGGGCAACACGAAGGGAAUGAAUUCAGAUACGACAACCAAUCUCGGACCCUUUCAGUUACAUACCCAGUCCUUUCCAGCAGCCUGGUCCACACUGUGGUGCACUAUCACUGCAGCCCCAACCACUCCGUGUCCCUCUCCCAGCCUGUGGAGCACAACCGCGCCCUGGAGAUCUUCAUCCGGAGCCCCUGUGCCUGCCCCAACUCCUGCAACCUGGAGGACGUAGGGCCGAUGACCAUCUUCCUCAUCGUCCUCUGCCUCGGCACUGCUGCGUACUUCAUACUGGGUUCCUGCGCGCUGCGGCCCUUCAGGAGCACGCAGGGGGUGCAGAUCAGGCCCGAGGAGAGCCUGUGGUGCGUCCUGUGCUACCAGUUCACAGAGGAGAGAGGGAGGAGGCUGGGCCGGAGCCAGUGCAUCAAGGAGGAGACCCUCUGAAGCGGAGAACUUCGCAAGCCCUGUCUUGCAAUGUGGAGCGCUGCCCCCUGUCCUUAUCUCCAAGACACUUCAACACAUAGCCUCUAUCAGCCACAGGAAAGGCCAAUUACAUAGGGGGUGUUUAUAGAGGUAGUUAGAGAUAGCUUUCCCACCCAUGGGAAAAACUACACUAUGGAUCGAUGCAUGUUUGAGCACAUCCAAAAGAACCUGCUGCCCACCACAGUACCCAGUCGGCUGGCAUCCUGGAAGACUACCAGGAGAGGAAUGAUGGUCAAACUAAUAUGGGUCCCAACUUUGUCUGUGGAACCUUGUUCCUCACGGUUCCUGUCACCUUCAGAUCAUCCUUAACCCCCUCUGUGCUGGGAUCAUAGCCUGGGCUUUUCUCCACUAGGUGAUUGCUGGAGGUCAGUUCCUCAUUAACACCAGGAGAGGUCCUCCAGCUGACCUCUGCAUAGAUAAUGAGAUCCAAGACCAGAGGAGACGCAUGGCGAGCCGCAGCCUUGCAAAAGCUCUCGCAUGAACUGGAUUUUUUUUUUUUUACUCCAAAUUUGUUAAGUUUUUCUUUCCAUCCUAUUUUGGGUUUGUUUCUUUUAUAGUUGUCAGUUAGGCUACAGCCAGGAGUUAGCCAGGUCCCAUUAAUACUUUCCUUUUCUGUUUGCUAUAUUUUCAGGUCUACAGCUGGUUAGUUUUAUUUUCUUCAUCACGGGACCCACCAGUUUCUGGACUUGUUAUUUUUUCAGUUACCCAACUAACACUGUACCUGCUGUUAUGGAAUAAACAAGUGCCGGUUUUGUACAACUGCAGCUGAUUAUUAGCCACAAUGGGCACUUCGCACCUGUGCUCGAAGGUGUUCGUUCCACUUGCAGUUUUUACCAUUUUCCUCACCCGCGGUUACGCGAUUUUUUAAAUCCAGUUAAUUUUUUAUCAAUGCUCCAGAACUAGGUUGUUAUUUUUUUUAGAAAUAAGUCAUGGGACAAAUUCUCAAGUUGAAAAACAAUGGAAAACUGUUCAAAUAGGGAAACACCAGGCCCUGGAGACUGGGGAAGAGAAUUGUUUCUCCAGUUUCACUAAUAACUUAGUAUCCCAAGUGUCAGCAGCGUGCUCUUCUUUUACUAGAAACACUUUGGAACAGGGGAUCUUUUUUUACACUUGGUAUUAGUUUAGAAACAAUAUGUAAAAAGACAAUAUCAAGUUGCUUACAAAAACAACAAAAAAAAGCCAGCAUCUUCAUUGAGGUACCCAAGGACAACUUUAUUUCCCCAAAAUAUUACAUUUAUAACUUUUCCUAUUGUAAUGUUACAAUCUAAAAUAGGAAACAUUCAAAUGUGAGAAUACAAAUAUACUUUUCAUUAAAAUACAGUACGGUGCUCCACCUAAAGUGAAUCAAAUCUGUAGAGAGAAACCAAAAUCCUGUUUCAACAAAAAGAAGCCUUUGGAGCAAUGUUUUAAUGUUUGUUAUAAACUUUUAUUUCCAACCAAAAUGCUUUUAGAGAAUCACAAAAAUAGAGCCAUCUAAAUAUUUCUCUUAAUACAUUCCAUUAUAGAUCCAUUGAGUUAAGGAAAAUUAUAGAAAUCUCUGUAAAUCUAAUUCAAUCUAAAGUACAAGUUAGAAAGUGUUAACCUUUUUGUCAGGGAGUCUUGGACUCCUGUGCAUAGCUUUAAUCCCUUUCCAAAUUAAACAUAAACCGAAAAAAAAAAUCGAUGUCAAAGUCCAAGUGCUGUUGUGAUGAACGUCAUGUAGCCUGGGGUUUUCAGAGAAGGGACACUAGGAAAGGCCAAAGCAGCCCUUUACCUCGAACUGCAGGUCUAGGACAGACGGACAGAGGGGCCUUUGGCAAGUAGGCAUUUCAAUUAACAGUAACAUUAGCCAAUUUAGUUAUUUCGCACCUCGCAGUACAGGGGUACAUGACCAGGUUAGAGAUCCAAAAAUGAACACCUAAUACAGUCUGUGUAGAAAAAAGUACACGUAUUGGGCUGCAUCUACAGAAUUUCACCAAGAAAAUGAGUAUAU